GUAAGGUAGAGUAGAGUAGCGUAGAGUAGAGUAGAGUACAAUGUCAUAGAGUAGAGUAGAGUGUCAUAGAGUAAACUCAAUGACGAACAGCGCCCAGCGCUCUGAUGAUGAUGGCGCCCAGCGCCCUGAUGAAGGUGAUGAUGAGCUGCACCCUGCUGAUGAUGCUGAUGAUGCUGAUGAUGCUGAUGAUGAUGAUGAUGAGGAGGAUGAUGAUGAUACGGCGACAUUGCCAAAGGAUCAAGAGGCUCAAUCAUGCUGUAGAGCACCACUGCGAGCAUUUUCUGUAGAAUCCAGCGUCCCGGACUUGGCAAUAAGGCAGCGAUUCCGGCUGCAAAAUAAGAAAGAAACAGACCAGAAUCUGAUGGAGGCGGUGAUCAAGAAAGCGGUACUACCUGAGGGCGGCACAGAAACCGAUACUGAUGCUCCAGUGAAGGAAAAGGAAAGGCCCGAAAGGGCAAACUACGAUGUCAAGCCUGUGGCCAGCAAUGGUAACCCUGUUCUCGUCAAUAUCAAGGAAGGCAAUUUGGAAAACUGGGAAUCACGACAACUUCCACAAUAUCUGGCCAAUGUAUGGGACGGCGACGCUGUCCAUCGAUUGCCGAGAUUGUUCAAUUCCAGUGGGAUAUGGGUAGAGCUCAAAACGGUGUUCGCCCUUGCAGCACCUACGUCACUGGCAAACGUCCUGUGGUACAGCAGGGUGCUUGUGUCCACAGUGUAUCUUGGUCAUCUAGGAAAGACUGAUCUAGCUGGGGGUGGCCUUGCUAUGGGAAUCAUCAACGUAACGGGCUAUUUCAUAAUAAUCGGGAUGGCAGCUGGAGUGGAUCCUAUCCUUGCUCAGGCGUACGGUGCUCGCAACUACAAGCUCCUUCAGCUGACAUUGCAGCGUGCUAUUCUCAUUCUUGAAUGUGCUUGCGCACUCAUCAUUGUCUCAAUCUGGCUCAACAUGGAAAGGAUUCUUAUCCUCUUGGGACAAGACCCUGAAAUUGCUGCUGUGGCGAGCAACUACGUGUUGGUCUCUAUCCCAGAUCUUCUUGUCUAUGGGUGUAUGGUACCGAUGAGAACAUACCUGCGCUCGCAAUGCAUCACGAUACCACUUUCAGUAUGUGCAGGCAUAUCACUUGUCAUCCACAUCCCACUGAAUUACCUCUUCAUCACCAAGGCUGGUCUUGGCUACAGAGGUGCUGCCUUAUCUACAGUUUGCACAGACUUCUGCUUUGCUUGCAUGCUUGUGAUUACCAUCUGGCUGAUCACGCCCAAAGACGGGCCCGGCAAAUGGUCCGGCUGGUCAUGGGAGUGCACGAAAGGGUGGGGACCCAUUCUGAGGCUUGCUUUGCCUGCUUGUAUAGGAUUUUCUGUGGAGUGGUGGACCUUCGAGGUCUUCACUAUUUUUGCCGGUCUGCUUCCAGAUCCAGGUACGACUGUAGCCACGAUGUCGAUCUUGUUGAACUGCGCAUACAUAUUCACGAUGAUCCCUGUGGGCAUCAGUGUGUCGGCAUCAACACGAGUUGGGAUUGAGCUUGGAGCGAACAACCCAUCAGCGGCUCAUCUUGCGGCCUAUGUGGCUUGGUCCAUAGGCCUCGUGUUCGGUGUGCUUGGCAUCCUAACUUUCUCACUCCUUCGCUACCACGUGGCAUGGCUAUUUACAGAUAUAGUCUCUGUGCAGCUGCUUAUUGCGAAGGUCGCCCCGCUGGUUGGGAUUGUGCAGGCCUUUUCGUCUCCACUAAAUGUGGGUGCUGGAAUUUUACGCGGAUGUGCUCGGCCCGACAUUCUGCUCCGAGUGACGUUUGUGGCCUUCUACGUUAUUGGAUUGCCAAUGUCCAUCUGCCUAGGUUUCCUAUGGCACAAGGGAGUUUCUGGCCUCUGGUGCGGACUCAGUGUAGGUGAGGCAUGUGCACUCGCUGCGAUUGCAACAAGCAUUGUCUUGUGCGACUGGGAGGCUGAGGCAGAGAGAGCACAGCUGCUUGUGAAACAGUCUCGGGGUCACACUGUAAUUCCUCCUGAUGAUCACAGAAAUAAGGAUGCAGUGGGCACUCUCAAGACAGACUCCAGCAAAAGCUGCCACCACAAAUCGACUUCCAUUGAUCAUGAUCAUGAUAACUUCAAUCACUCACUGACCAUUCCGCUUCUGAAUGAGCGAGAGGAGGAAGAGUCCGUCUGCCAGAAUGGUUAGCGAGUCCAAGCAUCCGAGACACUUCAUUUUUUUAUUUUUUAUUUUAUUUAUAAACACACACACACACACACACCCUCCAAUGUUAGUGGUGCUUAUAGGAGCUGACACCACUAACACCAGGGGAGAGGCUCCAUCUAUUGGUGGGGAGCAUCACCUGCUGGAAACCGGGUCAAGCGUCCCUUAUACACACUGAAUUCAGAGUACAGCAGAGAAACAAAAUGGGAGAUUCCUG